CACACACACACACACACACGCCUCCCCUUGUUCCCUUAUUUUGUGUACCUGGUUGAAAGAUGCGGACCAGAACUUUUAAGCUUUGUCCUUAGCCUGAGCCAUUGAGCCGGCUGCCCUGUCCCAGGAGAGAUGGACCCCGCAACUGGACCCUUAGUGGCGCCAGGGGUGUGGAUUUCUUGGUGGGAGAGGUGUAGAGAGCUCAGACGUCUGGCGCCACUCUCGGACCCUGCAGCUUCAACAAACUUCUUGCAGGAGGCUAGCGGCCGCUCCGCCAGCUCUCGGAAGUGGCUUGCAGCUUGGUACCACCGGGGCGCACUCAGGCACGGUCACUCGGGGGCCUUGCUUUCCCUGUCCCUGCCAGGCCAGACCGUUUGGAGGCCCCCAGCAGCCCCGGGUGUAAGCAGAGCCACGCCCUGCAGCACCACCCUGCAGGCAUGGGCGGGGCCCAGGGCUGUCCCUAGAGGAGGACUGCGGGGUAAUGAAGUGCGGAGAAGCCUUCCGCUGUGUUCUGCGCUGGCGCUGCGAUCCAGACCCCUUCGAACUCCCGGGCACAGUUCCGUGCGCCACCCUUUUCUCCGCCCUAGCCCUGGGACACCCUUCCGACAGGAAGCGGCUCUUCCAGCCCCAGAACCGCCGGAGGACGCUCCAACCUCCGAGACUCCCACUUCCAAGAGGGACUUCUGCCCUUUCUGAAGACCUAUCCACUCGUGUCCUAGUGACCCGAGCCACUGGGCUUUGUCCAGCUGCUCCUCUUGCCAGGGGCCCUACAUGGCUUCAACGGCCCCUACCAACCCAGCACAUGCCCACUUUGAGAGCUUCGUGCAGGCACAGCUGUGCCAGGAUGUACUGAGCAGCUUUCAGGGGCUCUGUGAAGCCCUGGGACUGGAGCCUGGUGGGGGACUGCCUCAGUACCACAAGAUCAAGGCCCAGCUCAACUACUGGAGUGCCAAGUCACUGUGGGCCAAGUUGGACAAGAGAGCAAGCCAGUCUGUGUACCAGCAAGGCCAGGCCUGUGCCAACACCAAGUGCCUGGUGGUGGGCGCUGGGCCUUGUGGGCUUCGGGCUGCUGUGGAGCUGGCACUACUGGGUGCUCGAGUGGUGCUUGUGGAAAAGCGUACCAAGUUCUCUCGGCACAAUGUGCUGCACCUCUGGCCCUUCACCAUCCAUGACCUUCGGGCGCUUGGGGCCAAGAAGUUCUAUGGGCGCUUCUGUACUGGUACCCUGGACCACAUCAGCAUCCGACAGCUCCAGCUACUUCUACUGAAGGUGGCAUUACUGUUGGGGGUGGAAAUUCACUGGGGCAUCACGUUCACUGGCCUCCAGCCCCCUCCCAGGAAGGGGAGUGGCUGGCAUGCCCAGCUCCAGCCCAGUCCCCCAGCCCAACUGGCCAACUAUGAAUUUGAUGUCCUCAUCUCGGCUGCAGGGGGUAAAUUCGUCCCUGAAGGCUUUACCAUCCGAGAGAUGCGUGGCAAACUGGCUAUCGGCAUCACGGCCAACUUUGUGAACGGGCGCACGGUGGAGGAGACCCAGGUGCCGGAGAUCAGUGGUGUAGCCCGGAUCUACAACCAAAAAUUCUUCCAGAGCCUGCUCAAAGCCACAGGGAUUGAUCUGGAGAACAUUGUGUACUACAAAGAUGAUACUCACUACUUUGUGAUGACGGCCAAGAAACAGUGCCUGCUGCGGCUGGGGGUGCUGCUCCAGGACCUGCCAGAGACUGAUCAGUUGCUGAGCCGUGCCAAUGUGGUACCCGAGGCUCUGCAGCGCUUUGCCAGGGCAGCUGCCGAUUUCGCCACACAUGGCAAGCUUGGGAAACUGGAGUUUGCUCAGGAUGCACGUGGGCGGCCCGAUGUGGCUGCCUUCGACUUCACAAGCAUGAUGCGGGCAGAGAGUUCUGCUCGUGUGCAAGAAAAGCAUGGUGCCCGCCUACUGCUCGGACUGGUGGGGGACUGCCUGGUGGAGCCCUUCUGGCCUCUGGGCACUGGAGUGGCCCGGGGCUUCUUGGCAGCCUUCGAUGCAGCCUGGAUGGUGAAGCGGUGGGCAGAGGGUGCCAGGCCCCUAGAGGUGUUGGCUGAACGUGAGAGCUUGUACCAGCUUCUGUCACAAACAUCCCCAGAGAACAUGCAUCGAAAUGUAGCCCAGUAUGGGUUGGACCCUGCCACCCGAUACCCCAACCUGAACCUCCGGGCUGUAACCCCCAACCAGGUACAAGACCUGUACGACCUGAUGGACAAGGAGCAUGCGCAGAGGAAGAACGACAAGACCGAUGCGGGCAAGGGAACUACAGGGUCAGCAGGCACCGAGGAGCUCCUGCACUGGUGCCAGGAGCAGACAGCCGGCUUUCCUGGAGUCCACGUCACCGACUUUUCCUCCUCGUGGACUGAUGGACUAGCUCUGUGCGCCCUGGUGCACCGCCUGCAGCCGGGCCUGCUGGAACCCUCGGAGCUGCAGGGCAUGGGAGCUCUGGAAGCCACUGCCUGGGCACUGAAGGUGGCACAGCACGAGCUAGGCAUCCCCCCAGUGCUGUCCGCACAGGCAGUGGUGGCGGGCAGUGACCCACUGGGCCUCACUGCCUACCUCAGCCACUUCCACAGCGCCUUCAAGAACAUGCCCCAGAGCUCAAGCCCCGUCAGCCAGGCUCCUUCUGGGACCCCCAAUGCUAUACUUUUCCUUGGCAAACUCCAGAGGACCCUACAGCGAACCCGGGCCAAGGUAGAGGCUGAGACUCCAAGUACCGAGGAGCCCCCCGUCUCUGAGCCCAGUGUACCCCCUGCACUGCCAUCAGAAAACCAGGAGGCUGGGGCAGAGGACUUGUGUGAACUUUGUGGGAAACACCUCUACAUCCUGGAACGCUUCUGUGUGGAUGGCCAUUUCUUCCACCGGGACUGCUUCCGCUGCCACACCUGUGAGGCCACCUUGUGGCCAGGUGGCUAUGGACAACAUCCAGGAGAUGGACAUUUCUACUGUUUCCAGCACCUGCCCCAGGAGGGCCAAAAGACGGCUGACAGGGAUGGAAGUCCAGAGAACCAGGAGCUCCCUACACCAGAUGAUAACAGCACACAGUCAGGCUCCCCCUCGCCCCCCAUGUCUCCUGCGAGGAGGGUCAGCCCAGUCCCAAGCCCCAGCCAGCCUACCCGUCGGCUGAUCCGCCUCUCUAGCUUAGAACGCCUGCGGCUGUCCUCCUUGGCAAUUAUCCCCGACUCAGGAACAGAGCCCCCACCCAAGCCCCCACGGAGCUGCUCCGCCUUGGCCCGCCAGGCUCUGGAGGGCAGCUUUAUGGGCUGGGGUGUGCCAGUCCAAGCACCGCAAGUUCCUGAAGCCACAGAGAAGGUGGAAGAAAAUCCCUUUUCCGAGGAGGAGGAGGAAGAAGAGGAGGAAGAGGAAGAAGUACCUUUGGAGGCAGACUUAGAGCAGACUCUGCUGACCUUGGCCAAGAACUCGGGCGCCAUGACUAAGUACCCGACAUGGUACCGAACCCUCAUGCGCCGUGCUAAAGAGGAGGAGAUGAAGAGGUUUUGCAAGGCCCAGGCCAUCCAGAGAAGACUGAAUGAGAUUGAGGCUGCUAUGAGGGAGCUGGAGACCAAAGGCACGAGGCUGGAGCUGGCCUUGAGGAGUCAGAGCAGCUCUCCAGAACAGCAAAAGAAACUCUGGCUAGAUCAGCUGCUACAGCUCAUCCAGGAAAAAAACAGCCUAGUGACUGAAGAGGCUGAGCUCAUGAUCACGGUUCAGGAGCUGGACCUGGAGGAGAAGCAGUGGCAGCUGGACCAGGAGUUGCGCGGCUACAUGAAUCGGGAAGAGACCCUGAAGACAGAGGCUGAUCGUCAGUCUGAGGACCUGGUCCUGAGGAAGCUGUUGGAUGUGGUGAACCAGCGGGAUGCCCUCAUCCGCUUCCAGGAGGAAAGACGGCUCAGUGAGAUGGCUUCGGAGACAGGGGCCCAGGGCUAGAAGCUGGUUGGCUCUAGGCCUGCCUCCUGCCCUGGAAGCAAGACCUCAUCCAAGGGCAGUACCUCUGCCACCUGGACUGCCUAGUCGGGGCUUCGCUGUUCAAAAUAAAAGUACUAUGGCCAUGAA